GAGAGGCUGAAUUGUGUGUGCUCCGAAGCGCAUGAGAACACCCACUUGUCUUUUCAGCUGCCUUCGACGCAGAUGCAGCAGUUGGUGCUGGCGCUGCUGCUUGUCUCAGGGGGAAGCCGUGUUGCGUGAUCGCACCUUCAAUAGCACUUCGUGGUUUUCAAAUGCAUUGGCUGUCCUUCUAGUAAGUUUGGACAACAGAGGCGAAGCCUUGGAGUAGCCGUUGUCCAUAUCACAACUCCCCCUCCGCGCAGCCCGUAACCCACCACUCAUUCAAUUAUUCGUUCACGGCAGCAGGAAUCCAGCCGGAAGGAAUUCAUUUCACAACUCUAAAUGGAAGCGCUGCGUCUUUCGUGGCUGGCAAUCGUCAUGGCUGUCGUCGUUGUGAACCUGGACAACGUGGCGACGAGGCACGCGGGUGUAGAGCGCAGAGACGUGAGCGGCGCUGGUCGCGCAGGAAAGUGCAGGGACAGGCAUAAGCAUCGCCCUGACGACGGAAACAGGAAGGAAGGCGGGUCAAGCGGAUCUGGUGGGUCGGGUGGUGUUGGGGGCGCCGGAGAACCGUGGUACAUGUCAGACGACAGUCAAGAGGAGCAGGUGAAGCUCGAUCGUGACCGGGAAUUUCGCGAGAAGGAACGCUCCAGUGCGAAGCAAGCGCCUCUGGUGUGCUUCUUACGAGGGGACGGCUUCACGCACACCGGCGCCAUGCGCUUCCCCCUGAACACCAUACCCAAGAACAAGUGCACGCACAUCGUGUACUCGUACCUGGAAACCGACAACAAGACCGGAAAUCUAUUAUUUCGUAAGAAGGGCCUGCACGAGGAAAAGGCUCUACUGAGGAAGCUGGCCUCAAUGAAAAACAAAAGGCGACAUCUGAAGGUUCUUUACAGCUACGGUGGUGGGGCACACUGGAGCAGCCUGCUCAACCGACUGCGCUCGGACAAGGACAUGAAGAAGCUGAUCAAGGAACUCGACAUGUUGCUGAGAGAAAAGCGACUGGACGGCAUCAACUUUCACCUCGAAGGACCCGGCCCUUCUAGCUGCAGCAAGAACGACGCUGACAGAGUCUUACAGUUCAUCAGGGAAUUCCGGCUGACGGUAGCCGACCACGAUGUCCUGCUGACGAUGCAGCUUCCCGCCUGCCGCGAUUCCAAGUGUGACCAUGUGCAAAAGAAAGAACUGGCCCGCUACAUAGACUACUUUUUCCUGAUGACGUUCGACUACAAGUUGGACGACCUGUCCAGGACAAGGAUCACUAGCGGAGUUCUACAGUACGAAAACGGGCGACGUACCCACAUUGAUACAGAAGGCUGCGUGUAUCACUGGACCCAAGCCGGUGUACAGAAGAACCAGAUAAUACCGGGAAUCCCCACCUACGGGCGUUCUUACACACUUGACAACCAGAACAAGUACGGCCUCGACGAACGCCUCAAGAAGUCCCACCCACUCGGUUAUGGUGCAAACUUUACCAAGGUGGACGGAUACAUGAAUUACAUCGAGACAUGCCGACGUGUCGUAUACUUCCACUGGCCAAGACAAUGGGUGAACUUCGCGGCGACUCCCUACAUUCACUACCAGGACCAGUGGAUAAGCUACGAGGACAGAGACAGCGUUAAAUACAAGAUAGAGUGGAUGCGGAAGAACAAGCUCGGCGGAAUCUUCUUGUGGUCGCUGGAGGCGGACGACUAUGCAGGCAGCUGCCAGCAAAGAAUACGCUACCCUCUGGUGGAGGCCGCACGGAAGGCACUCGAAGGUUACCGUCCUUCUUGAAUAAACAGUUACGCUGUCGCUCA